AUGCCUCAUGGUGUAGCAUGUGUUGUUCGCAGGUUGAUGGAUCAAGAACAAUUGAAAAAUGGGACCAAUGAGGUUCAGGUGCUUCAUGCAGUUGAUGAUGAGCAUGGAGGGGUCAUGGUGGAUAUUAAGGAACCUAUGGACCCAGACAAGUUCAAUAUGAUUCUCAGAUGUUCACUUUCACAUUGGGAGCAACAGGGUAAGAAGGGAGUCUGGAUCAAGUUGCCAAUUAAAUUUGUAAAUCUUGUUGAAACUGCAGUAAAGGAAGGGUUUCUGUAUCACCAUGCAGAACCUCACUAUUUGAUGCUUGUGCACUGGAUUCCUAAAACUCUUAGUACCAUACCAGCAAAUGCAACACACAGGAUCCGCAUUGCUGCUAUUAUUAUGAAUGAUAAAAGAGAGUUGCUUGUUGUACUGGAAAAGCAUGGCAGCUUUAAAGGAACGGGUAUCUGGAAGAUUCCUACAGGAAUUCUUGAAGAGGGAGAAGACAUAUUUUCAGGUGCAAGGAGAGAAGUGAAAGAGGAAACAGGAAUUGAUACAGAAUUCAUGGAUGUGCUGGCAUUCAGGCAAAGGCACAAGUCAUUCUUCAAGAAAUCAGAAUUACUUUUCCUAUGUAUGCUGCGUCCCAUAUCCUUUGACAUCCAAAUACAGGACUCAGAAAUUGAGGCAGCCCAGUGGAUGCCAAUUACGGACUAUGCAUCACAGCCAUUUGCCAAGGAACACUCUGUUUUUAAGUAUGCAGCGGAUGUCUGCUUAGCAAAGGUUGAUAAUGGAUACACGGGCUUUGUGCCGCUGCCAAUAUCAUCAUAUUCUGAUGAACAGAUACAGAUUAGCUAUUUUUAUGUCAACAAGGAGGCUCUGAACAUCUGGUGUGGGAAGGAAAAGGAGGAUAUGGAGCACAUAUUUUUCAAUUGUGUUAGAGCUGGAAAAAACUUGGGAAAAUGUUGGAACCACUUGGAAUAUACUGGACUGCAAGAAUGUAGACCUCAUGAUGCUGCUCAAUCUAUUAAAUACGAUGUAUGUUGGGGGUCUUGUAAUUGGGAGGGACUUCAAACAUUUCGGGCUAGUCGUAUCAAUUUGCGCGCACGCCUUUCAUUCCAGCAAUGUCCCGUCAAGCAUUCCCGAAACAGAAUUUCUUCGAACCUUUUGCUUUCCAAUCGGAGUCGAGAUGUGGCAUUAUUCCUUCCCAUCGGCGACGCAGGAUCAUGCAUAGUACUGCCACGGGAACCACGCAAUUCUGAGUAUCUGUUCCUGAAGCCGGGAAUAAAAGCAAUGUUCAACAAAAUUCUCAUGACGAAUUUCCAGUUUAAUUUAGAAUAUCUCAUGUACUGUUCCAAAGUGUCGUCUUUGAAGUAUUUUAAUAUUAAUAUCGGCAACUCACGUCGUCUGGUGAACACGUACAUUGCUAAGAUCGAUGUGGCAAGCAUGUUCAAAACUAGCAUAGUCAACUUCUCUAAAACGACAACGUCAUCUCCGCUUAAGGUAUUCGAGGGUAUUGUUGACGCAAUGAAUAUUCAUCAAGAUCAAACAAUCCCUUCAGGGAUCUUGUUUCUCUCAAGAAUAAUAACACUGCUGAUGACAAUGGGUGGGUUUUUCUUGUUCGGGAAAUCUGGAAGACAUCCUCUAGGAAUCUUCGACAAUAUCCCCCACAGCAGUGUUAUUAUUCUUGAGGGAAACAAGAUCCCAAAAGACAUUGGUCUAGAUGAUUUCUAUUACGAUGUUGAAACCAACCAAUUGAAUAUGAACUUCAACGUUACAAAAGAUGUCGACGUUGUCGUUUUAGAGAAGCUGCUGAACUUCAACGUUACAGGAGAUGUCGCAACAUUACCAGCUUGUGCGGAUCUCAACUAUAGAUUACGAAGCACCAUCAUGAGUUUGGGGAACUUACGAGCAUUACUUGACAGAUUUAUCACCAGGCAUUUGAAUGAAAAGAGAGAAAUCAUAGAUACAACAUUAUCCGUACAAGUUGGAUGUCGAAUGAACCGUGAAUAUGUGCUAUCAACUCUUGGGACCUGUGAUUACAUCAAUGAUCAAUUUGUUCCUAUUGACAGAGGUUCAAAGGCAUCUGUCUAUGCUUGCAAUAUUCCAGCGAACAACCCUUAUGGUUUUCGUGAUGGAUUGUGUGCAGUCAAGUAUUCCAACGAUUAUGCAGUAAAAACAGGCUUCUAG